UAUGCUUUUUCCAUCUCUCUCUCUCGAUAUUUACUCUCACUUAAUUGACUCUCUCUUUCAAGGUGAUUACAUUGAUCAUCUUGUUGUUCAAUUGUUUCACCAACAAUUAAAUGUUUUUUUCUUAUCAAUUGUUAACACAACGUCAUCAUUAUCAUCUCCAUCUCCAUCACCAGAAUCAACAACAAUUAACUAAAACACCAACAAACAAACACUAAAUUGUUUACACUUUUGUCAACCCUUUUUUCAUUCAUCUCACCCAAAUGUUACUCUCACCCAAUAGGUUAAUUGUUAAAUUGUUUAUCAUCCAAUUAACACCACUAAUUAAUAAUAAGGGUGAACCAAAUGUUAUUUGUAUCUACCUGUUGCUUUUAUCCUCGUUUUUAUAAUCAUCCUCAUCCAUAGUGAUCAUCAUCAUCAUCACCAUCUAAUGCCGCAUCUUCAUUCAACAAUUAAUGAUUUACUUUACCAAAACAAUCAAGUUCACUUUCAAUUAACUGUCUGUCAAACGAUUUAAACAAUAACAACAAGAGACAAACUGAUCACUUUUCGUCACUUCGUCUUUUUUAUUGUUCGUUUCAAUUUUUUUCUCUCUCUUCUUCGUUAACGUUUCCACCUUCAACAUUUUCCACCUCCCUCCCUGGUUAAAAGUCUCCCUUUGUCUCUCUCUCUCACUCAUCGUUAAUUGUUAACGUCGUUUAUGUUAAUCAAUUGAACUAAAACUCCAUUUGGUGGAUAACGAACUGAAACAUCCCUGAACAAAUUUCAGAACUUAUUGUGACGUAUGUCGACCGUUUUGUCUCAUUCGCUAUUCGUUAUUGUAAUUAUCCUUUUCCAUUGAUUCAUCUAAUUUACUUUUCACUUCAUUCAAGUUUCUCUCUCUCUCUCUCUCACUUGCCCACCCUUAUCUCUCACUAACUCACUCAUUUACUCACUCACUCACACACACACACUCUCUCUCUCAAACCAUUUCACCUCCUUCUCUAUCCCAAUCGGGAUAAUCUUACAAGUGUUAAACUACAAAGUCUCAAUUAUUGUCCAAAGACCUAAAUCAUCAAUCGUUUUAAUUAAUUAACAGUGAAAAGUAAAACGUGAACCGAAUCGGAAUCAACAAUUACAAUCACAAUUAUCCAAAUAUCAACAUCAUCAAAUUAAUCGAUAAAAAGUUCAAUCGUUUCUCAUCCUGAAACUUUUUCUCUCUUUCUCUGUCUUUUCCUGUUCCUUGGUGCCUUCGAACAGAUCAAAUUGAACUAUUCUCUCGUUUCUUAAAUCAAUCGGGAUCCAAUUAAAGAGUGACCAUUGUCAAGAUCGUUCUAAAUUGUUCUCUACCCCAAAUCGAAAGCCAAAUUCAACAAGAUGACCGACAUCAUUGGACAAGCGGAAUCAGCGACCAUCCACAAACCCGUCAAGAAAAAAGGACGAAUCAAUCGGAUGCGACAAGUCCCUUGUUUGGGAAUAUUUUUUGCUAUUCUUUAUGCUUUCUUCAUGUCAUCAGCCGUCACCGCAGUUAAACUAAUCACACUUCAUCCAAUCGAGGUUCUUGUCUUCAGGUCAAUCAUUCAAACGAUAGUUUUUGGACUGAUCGCUCUUUAUAAUAAAAGGUCACCUUGGGGCUUACCUCAGGAGCGAUGGUCACUAGUCGGUCGAGCGGUAACUGGUGCUAUCAAUCAGGGAUGUUGGUACAUUUCUGUUCGUAAAAUUUCAUUGACCGAUUCAUCGGCUGUCUAUUACAGUGCCCCCGUUUACGUGGCGCUUUUGGCCUACGUUUUCCUUAAAGAACCUUUCGGCAUGUUCGAAGGUGUCUCAAUAAUCGUUACCGUUAUCGGUGUGAUAACGAUAUCGAAGCCCUCAUUUAUUCCCAUAUUUGGUAAUGAUUCUGAAUCUCUAUCCGGUGAACAUUUGGAAGGCCUUUUAUUUGCCCUUGGCGGUGCUUUAACUUUCGCAUGUUCAAACAUUUUUGUUCGUAAAUUACAAAAAACGUCAACCGAAAUCACGACAAGUUGGUUUUCCAUUGCCUGUGUUGUCCUUGGUUCCAUAGUGGUUGCUUAUUAUAAAGCAUUUCGCUUUCCAACUGACCCAUUUGAAUGGUUCAUCAUUACCGCUUCCGGAAUAUCGGGUGUUCUUGGUAACAUUUGCUUUGUCACCGCUCUUAAAAUUGAGAAAGCGGGUCCCGUCUCAGUGGCACAAACAUGUAACAUCGUCAUCGUCCUUAUUUAUCAGAUCGCUUUCUUCAACGAACCUCUAUCAAUAUUCACAUUGAUUGGUGCCUUUCUCAUCGCCUCAUCAGUAGCAUUAACAGGAUUGAAAGACGUUUUCAAAGAGACUCAAUUCUUGACCAAUUUGAAAAAUUUUGCCUCCAAUACGGUUUCCUAUCAAGUGGACAGUAAAUUGUCAACAGUUAAACCAUCAACACAAUCAGUGGCUGGUAAAUACAUCCCAUAUAAUAAGGACGACAUGUGAUUGACCAUCGCUGACCAGUCCACUUGAUGUUAAUCAAUACUAACUGUAAAUCUAACGCUGCUUAUCACAAUUGCCAUCAUCAUAAUCAUCGUAAUCAUCACAAUCACCACUGGUCAUCGCAAUUUUUUUCCUCAUCUAUGUCAACACAAUUAUCUUACCCACACUUUGCCAUCAUGGUCUUAAUUGUUCACACCAUAAACUAAAUCAAUGAAUAAGAUGAAAGUGAAAGAGAGAGAGAGAGCAAAUUUUAAAUUGUUCAACUACUACGAAAAGAUGGACAAACAAUUAGAAAGAAAUUUAAUUUUUUUUCCUUUUAAUUUUGUAGUUAAAUUUAUAUACAAAUUAAUAAUUAUUCAUAUUUAUAUACAUAGUAUUUAGUAUUGGAAACACUUAAACAUGAUUAUAAGCAUCUUGAUUAAAAAGUCGUAACAAUCAAUUUAAUAAUAGUAACAACUCACAAUCAGUGGCUUAUUUUUAAUCCUGGACAAUUAAUUAAUUGUCAGUUGUUUCUAUUAUUGUUUACUGAUUGUCAUCAUUUCUACACAAAAUGUUCAUCUAUUUUCACAACUAAAUCAUCAUCAUCAUCACCUCCAACUCUCCACCAAAACAAUAUCAUCAUCCUCAUCAUCAUAAACAACAGCAUCAUCAUUGUGAUUAUUUUGCUCUUGGUUAAUUUUUGUCAUGUUCAUCAUAACAAUCAAUUCACUCAUUAAUACAACUCUCUCUCUUUCCAUCCACAAACGGAACAAUUAACAAAAACAACAACAAUUAGCAACAAUUUCUUAUUCAAUCAUCAUCGUACACCAAAAAUAAUAAUAAUUUUCCAUUAAUUAUUGUUCUCAUUUGAUUAUCAGUUCUUACAGAUUCCACAGCAAUUAAGGAGACGCACACGACUGUUGUUCAAUUUUAACAAUUAAUUUGCAUCCAACAUUAUAAAUACACAUCAAUCAAUAUAAAAACCCAUCAAAAAAACCAAAUGACAGCAAGCAAAUCACAAUCAAAAUCAACGAGCAACUAAAUAAUUUGUUUCUUUACCAAUCUAAAUUAUUAUAAGCUGUGUAAAUCAUGAUUAAACUACCACAUAGACAAUUAUAAUAUAUAUUUAAUAACAACUGAUA